CUCAUUUCAAUAAGAGAAAACCCAGUCGCGUGAGAGAGAGGGCAGGGAGAGAGACCACGGCUUGCUCCCCUGCAAGUGAAUUAGCAAUAGCCAAAAAGAAGAGUGAGAAAGGGGGAAAAUGGCUGGAGUCUCUCUCAUCCCUGCCUUCCACACAAAGGCUCAUCACCUGUCUGCAACCUCUGCGCCCAUUCCUUGCUGCGCCAACCUUCGAAAGCCCGGCUCUCUGCCCCUUCCAAUUGGAUCUCGCCCCCCAAAUGGAAGAACUUCAACCACUUGGAAGCGGAGAAAAGGCACUACUGUCCCCCGAGCGGCUAUCGAACCAGAAGAGGAGAUAUGGGAAGAGGGCAGUGGUGGCCUUGCGGUGGCGGAGCUGGGAAUGACUGAAGUUGAGAAGGUGAAGAAAGCCCUGGUGGAGGCCUUUUAUGGGACAAACAGGGGUUUGCAGGCGAGUAGCGAGACGCGAGCCGAGAUUGUGGAGCUCAUAACCCAAUUGGAGGCCAUGAAUCCCACCCCUGUUCCCACCCAGGCUCUUCCCCUUCUCAACGGAAAGUGGAUCUUGGUGUACACAUGUUUGUCCGAUAUAUUUUCCCUGUAUGCCAUGGGGACGCUGCCCAUACUGAAAGCGGAAGAGAUAUCUCAGACCAUCGAUGCCGAAAGCUUCACGGUCGAGAACUCCGUGCUGUUUUCGGGCCCUCUUGCAACCACUUCCUUCACCACCCAUGCCAAGUUCGAAGUGCGCAGUCCAAAACGAGUACAGUUGACAGAUUCAAUUGAAAUACCAGAGAAUGUGGAGGUGUUGGGACAAACGAUUGAACUCAGCCCCUUCCGAGAGUUCAUCACACCCCUCCAAGAUGCCGCGACCUCGGUCGCUAGGUCCAUCUCCGGAAGUACUCCUUUUAAAUUCCUCAUCACGAUCGACAGAGCCGAAUCCUGGCUCCUCACAACUUUCCUCGAUGAAGAUCUCUGCAUAUCACGAGGUGAUGCAAGUAGUGUGUUUGUACUCAUCAAGGAAGGAAGCUCCCUAUUGCCCCCAACUCUGUGAUAGAAGAGGUUCCUUCACUCUCUGCUCAAACUGAAUUACUUUCACUCUUCUCUUCACCUUUUCCUCUUUGUUUAGUAAUAGAAUAACAGAUUCCCAUUGCUUAGUAUGAUGGGGAUUGCAUGCCAAGAGGUAGAGGAUGAUGGUUUGCAGGAUAUUUGGUUGAUGGAAUGUGAUACUAAGACUCUUCAUGUGUUCUAUAUUCUAAUAAUCUUAGAAAGCACAACUACUUCAUGUU